ACGCUCGCAGAGACCAGCGUUCGAACGAUCAGGAGACGAUAUUCGAUCCUCUGCAAACGCAGGAACCAGAGAGCGAGUGCAAGCAGGCGUGUCCCGCAUUGACCAGAAUCCAUGAAAAUUCUCACAGGGUUUUCUUUCGACCCCGCGCUGCAAUGCGUUUGGAAGCCCGGCGGUCUUGCGGUAGAAAGUGCCCGAUUGCUCACGUCGGGAAGGCCAUUUUUUUCAGGACUGCGGAGUGCACGAUUUUCCGCUGACGUUCUGUCUUCUUCAAAUUUUAGGACAUCGAGCUGCCCGGGUGCAGAGCGCAUUGCGCUAGACAGAGGUAGAGGCAAGGAUUUUGGAGCGGUGUCCUUGAAUGUCAGUGGUAGCGUACCGAAAGAAGAUGAACACGAAGAGGAAGAAGAAGUGGGCAAUCCUGAUCAACUGGAGAGGCGCCUCGUGUCUGGAGAAAGAGUUCUUCAAAUUAGCAAAGCAGAUUUUACUGUCAGUUCCGUGUUGGACAAAAUCAGACGUGGUAGAUUAGAUCUACGACCAUCUUAUCAGCGUGAUUAUGUUUGGGACAAAAGAACUGCCAGUAAACUAAUCGAAUCGGUGCUGUUGAAUAUACCACUCCCAACCAUGUUCUUCCACGAGAGGAGCCAAGGUCUGUUGGAGGUUGUCGAUGGGAAACAGCGUCUGACAAGUAUCUGGUGCUUUAUGGAAGACCAGAGAUUUCCGGAUGGAUCAGAUUUUGCUUUGACUGGACUUGAAGUUCUUGACGAGCUGAAUGGGAAGAAAUACACGGAUCUCGAAGAAUCUUUGAGGGAGGUUAUGCAAGACUUUGCACUCAAUGUCCACACGAUAUCUCGACAUUCAGAUGAUGAAGUUGUGUUUGAGGUGUUUGAGCGGCUUAAUAUGGGCUCCACGCAGCUCAAUGAGCAGGAGCUUAGGAAUUGUGUCUUCCAAGGCAGGUAUAAUGAUCUUUUGGAAGAAUUGGUUCUUCACCCAGACAUGCUUCGUGCUUUUCGCCAGGAAAUUCCUCACAAAAGGAUGCGAGACAGGGAGUUUAUACUAAGGUUCUUUGCUAUGAGGAGAAGUGGAAUUGAGAAUUUUUAUCUACCUGUAAAAAAUUGGCUGAACAAUGAGAUGAGAAGACAUCAGUUUCUCGAGGAAGAAGAUUUUAAGGUGAUGAAAUUCGACUUCCAGCGAUGCAUCAGACUCUCCGUCAAUGUGUUUGGUGAUCAAGUCUUCCGAUUGCCUCGUGGACUGAAAUAUGACUCCGAUCCGAAUGUGUGCUUGUGGGACACAAUUAUGUUUGGGUUUUUGAGGUACCGAGAUGAUGCGAGCGUUUUGAGUAAGAAGAAGUUGCUCGUUUUGGCCCUCAAUGACCUCCUUAUCUAUAACACUGAAUUCAAGAGCAACUUAGUUUCUACUCCAAAAGCCCUGAAACUGCGUACUACAAAAUGGUUACUUGUUUUGAGAGAACUUUUAGGACCGUCAUAGUGUACAAUAUUUGUAAUGGUUUCACAAUUGAUAUAAGAAAUAUCUUCGAUUUUUGUAGUUGUAUGGUGUCAAGAAUGGUAGCCAAUGUCCAUCUGGCUAGGG